GUGUACAGCCGUGGGGACCCUAAGGCCCCGGAUGUGUACGAUUUCUUUCUCCAGUGGAUUGUCUUUUUACUUAUGAUCAGCACCUUCCUGGAGCUGAGAAGAGCGCAAGAGGAAGAAAACAGUCUCAACACUAUCGACUCACAGAGAAACACAGGGAAGUCUUUUAUUUUUUGCGGAUUUCAGUGAUUAUUACUCUAUUUUUAACUAUCAAAGGGAGGAUAAAAAGAAAGGACAAAAGGCUUAGGAAAAUGAGAUGCAGUUUUGAAGAUAGGAAUGCAUUUCCAUGGCUGGGUCUUGAAGCUGUGGCCACAGUCCCAGCAGCUAACAGCCAAGGUCCAGCUGGCUUCCCUCCUGCCUGUCUGUCCCUAGGGGGCCAAAUCUCCUUUGUGUGAGCUCGGUGUUCUAUGAGUCCUGGUUUUGUAAGUGCUGCUGAGGGGCAGAAGCUGUGCCAUCUUGCCCUGAAGAAGAAGCUUUCUCAGUCAAGAACUUCUUCUGCCUCUGUGUGCCUAGUUGGUGGGGGUACAGAGGGGAAAGGCCUGCUGGUUCUUCAUGGGCCCAAGUGGUUCCAGCACCGCAAGCUGCUCACACCUGGCUUCCAUUAUGAUGUGCUGAAGCCUUACGUGGCUGUGUUUGCUGAAUGCACACAUGCCAUGCUGGACAAAUGGGAGAAAAAGGCUCUUGAGGAUAAGAGCUUUGACAUCUUCUGUGAUGUGGGCCACAUGGCACUGGAUACACUCAUGAAAUGCACCUUUGGUAAAGGAGAGAAAGGCCUGUGCCAAAGGGACAACAACUACUACUUGGCAGUUAGUGACCUCACACUACUGAUGCAGCAGCGCAUCGAGUCCUUCCAGUACCACAACGACUUCAUUUACUGGCUCACCCCACAUGGCCGCCGCUUCCUGUGGGCCUGCAAGAUGGCCCAUGACCAUACAGACCAGGUCAUCAGGAAGCGGAAGGAAGUCCUGAAGGAUGAGAAGGAGCAGGAGAAGAUUCAGAAAAGGAAACACCUGGACUUCCUGGAUAUUCUCUUGGAAGCACGGGAUGAAAAUGGGCUCAGGCUAUCAGACACAGACAUCCGGGCUGAAGUGGACACAUUCAUGUUUGAAGGCCAUGACACCACCACCAGUGGCAUCUCCUGGUUUCUCUACUGCAUGGCUCUAUACCCUGAGCAUCAGCAGCGCUGUAGAGAGGAGGUCCGUGAGAUCCUAGGGGACAAGGACUCCUUCCAGUGGGAUGAUCUGGGCAAGAUGACCUACCUGACUAUGUGCAUCAAGGAGAGCUUCCGUCUCUACCCACCUGUGCCCCAGGUGUACCGCCAGCUUAGCAAGCCUGUCAACUUUGUGGAUGGUCGCUCACUGCCUGCAGGCAGCCUGAUCUCUCUGCACAUCUAUGCCCUCCAUAGGAACAGCGCAGUGUGGCCUGACCCUGAGGUUUUUGAUCCCCUGCGCUUUUCCCCUGAAAAUAUGUCUGGACGCCACCCCUUCGCCUUCAUGCCCUUCUCAGCUGGGCCCAGGAAUUGCAUCGGACAGCAGUUUGCCAUGAAUGAGAUGAAGGUGGUCACGGCCCUCUGUUUGCACCGCUUUGAGUUCUCUCUGGAUCCCUCGCGGGUGCCCAUCAAGAUGCCCCAGCUGAUCUUGCGCUCCAAGAAUGGUAUCCAUCUCCACCUGAAGUCUCUGGGCCGUGGGCCUGGGAAGUAGCUCUAUAGAGAACCAGGAACCAGAUAACCCUGGCAGUGGGCUCUCCCUGGACACUGCCUUCUGGGUUGGAUGUGGAGUGGUUGAGGCUCUCUGGCUUCUGGAGGCUUGUAAUUUGGAAGGGGAAUAGGCACUAACAUAGACAGCUUCCUAGAGGAGAGUGCCACAUCAACAUGUAUGUAUAAAUGCUUGUUAUGCAUGUAUUCUAGAGCUGAUUCAGUCAUUCAACAAACACUUAGUGAGCACCUACUUGCUUAGAGAAAAUUUAUGUCCCAUAAUUGACAAUUGUUCUAAAAUGUAAUAAAACAUGCAUUCCAGCCUCA